AAAAUCUAAUGCCAUAUAUUGGCAUCCUAGUUGUCAAAGAAUCUUGCAACUUUUUUUUCCAUUUUCUAUUAUCCAAAAUGACCCUUUCAUUUUCCAUUUCUUCAUCACAAAAACAUCCAUUAAAUCUAAUUUGAUAAGGUCUAUUAUCAUUUCAACAUUUUUUUUUUCUUCAUAUAAUCAUUAAAAAAAAAUUCAUCCAAAUCAAAGAUGAAUCAUUCUUUUUCAAUAGAAACAAGUUCCUAUGAUGAGGAAAUCAAAAUCAAAGAUGAAGAAGAAGAGAUUAUUACUUUCAAUAAUAAUAAUAUUAUUCAAGAUCAAGAAAAUACACAAAAGGGAAAACAAUACAUUGGAGUUCGAAAACGUCCAUGGGGAAAAUAUGCAGCUGAAAUUAGAGAUUCAACAAGAAAUGGAAUUAGGGUUUGGCUUGGAACGUUUGAUACUGCUGAAGAAGCUGCUUUAGCGUAUGACCAAGCUGCACUCUCAAUGCGUGGUCCUUCAACAUGUCUUAAUUUUCAAGUGGAGGUAGUUCAAGAAUCGUUACGAGGAUUCAAUUAUAAUAGUCAAGAGGGUUCAACAUCGUCUCCAGCUGAAGUUAUAAAGGAAAAACACAAGAAGAGAAAUAGUAAAGGUAAAAAAACAAUUAAAUCUAAUAAGGAACAAAAUAAUAAUGUAUUGGUUCUUGAAGAUUUAGGUCCUGAUUUAUUAGAUGAACUUUUAUCUAGUAAGUGUUCUACUUUAGAAUAAAUUUAAAAUUAUUUUUUUAAUUUAUUAUAUACUUAAAAGUUUUAUUGUUUCCUAUUUUUUAAUUUUUUUUCCCUAAUAUUUUUGGUGUGAAUUCCUAAUUAUUCAUCCGUUUAUCGAAACCCUAAUAUCAAUUUACCUGACUUACAGUUUAAUGGUAUCAAUGAGAGUUUUCUGAUAUAAUAGAUGCAAGUUCAAUUUUCACCGUCUUAAAUUCUUUUUUCCCUUUUCUUUGAUGAUCCCUCAUUUUGUAA